AUGCCCGGUCUACCGUCCAGCGUGGACCUGGAUGAAUGCAUAUCCCGCCUGUCCAAGAAGGAGCUGCUCGCCGAGCCCGUCGUCGAGGCAAUAUGUGCAAAGACCAAGGAGCUGCUCAUGAAGGAGAGCAAUGUGGUGCACAUCAGAGCGCCCGUGACGGUUGUCGGCGACAUCCACGGCCAGUUCUUUGAUAUGAUGGAGAUAUUCAAGAUUGGUGGGCCUUGCCCGGACACCAACUACCUCUUCCUGGGCGACUAUGUCGAUCGCGGCCUGUUUUCCGUCGAAACCAUAUCGCUCCUCGUGUGCCUGAAAUUGCGCUAUCCGCACCGCGUCCACCUCAUCCGUGGUAACCACGAGUCUCGCGGCGUCACGCAGUCGUACGGCUUCUACACAGAAUGCUCUCGCAAAUACGGCAACGCCAACGUCUGGCACUACUUCACCGACAUGUUUGACUUUUUGACCCUCUCUGUUGUCAUCAACGACCAAAUCUUCUGCGUACACGGCGGCCUGUCGCCCUCGAUACACUCGAUCGACCAGAUCAAAAUCAUCGACCGUUUCCGAGAAAUACCUCAUGAAGGGCCCAUGGCCGAUCUCGUGUGGAGCGAUCCCGAUCCUGAGAGAGACGAGUUCUCUCUCAGCCCUCGAGGCGCAGGUUAUACAUUCGGGGCUCAGGUGGUCAGGAAGUUCCUGGAAGUCAACUCCAUGUCGCACAUUUUGCGAGCGCAUCAGCUGUGCCAAGAGGGCUACCAGAUUCUCUACGACGACAGGCUGAGUACUGUUUGGAGCGCACCAAACUACUGCUAUCGGUGCGGCAACAUGGCCAGUGUGCUAGAAGUCAGCGACACGGGCGAACGCUUCUUCAACGUCUUCGAUGCCAGCCCGGAUAACGAUGUCCACCGAGCUGAGCAGCAGCAGCAGCAAGGAAAAGAAGUGACGACGGAGUACUUCCUCUGA